AAUACCCCGUAUGCCUUAAAAGAUACUGCAAGCAGUACAGCGGCUUGGACAUCAACGGCGUUACAACCCUCCAGUUAUUAUGCCUACGAUCCAACGUUUGGUGCGUGCGGUUAUGGCGCCAGUUAUGAUUUAGCAUCACGUCGUAAGAACGCCACGCGGGAAUCAACUGCCACAUUAAAAGCCUGGCUGAACGAACACAUGAAGAAUCCUUAUCCGACCAAAGGCGAGAAGAUCAUGCUGGCAAUAAUCACUAAAAUGACUCUGACGCAGGUCUCAACAUGGUUUGCCAACGCUCGCAGACGUCUCAAGAAAGAGAACAAAAUGACAUGGGAACCAAAAAAUCGUACCGAAGAUGAAGAUGCAAUGGUCUCCGAUGAGGAAAAGGAUCACGAGGAUGACAGUGCCAACAACAGGCUACGAACAUCGACAUCAGCCAUAACGGCAUCGUCAAUGUCGACAGCGGCAGGUUCAGUGCAGCAGACAUCGCUUAUGCCCACGAUAAAACAACGUAUGGAUGGUUAUGAUGGACGUUUAAGUGCAACAGGUGUGUUGGUGGUGCCAACAGCAGCAGCAGCAAUAAUCCAGCGGCGAGUAAUGCAGACAACAAUAUGA